AUGGGCUUCCCGCUGCAGCAAAUGCUGGAGUGUAUGGACCGCCGCAGCAGCUGGACCUCUGCUGCUCGCACGCAGCUAGCGUUUGCUGCUUUUUUCCCGCUGCUGCUGCUGCUGCUGGCCGUGGCUCUGGGGCUGCUGCUGCACUUGCUGCACGAGCAGGCAGCAGCAAAAUACCAGAGAGAUGCAAGAAAAACUGCUUUGGUGAAAGAUGUUUACGCAAACCCUGAAGAAAACACCGCCGAAAUAGCUGAAGCUAUCCUGCGGGAGCGGGAACGUCUUCUGGCUGCAGUAGCCACGCCGAGAGGCAGCAAACCGCCAAGUCCGGAGCAAACACCCCGAACAGCAGCAGCAGCAGCAGUAGCAGCAUCAGCAACAGGGACACCAUCGGGGAGCAGAGAAGGGGCAGGAAUGCAGCAGCAGCUUUCCCUGGGAAAAGCAGCGGCGCCAAAUAAGCAGCAGCAGCAGCAGCAGCAGCAGCAGCAGCAGCAAGCAGCAGCAGCACAGCAAUUCACCCGCGACCCUCAGCAUGCUGCCUUACCUGCCCCCACAGCAGCUGCUGCAGCGCCGCGUACAGCAGCAGGCCAGGCUAAUACGAAGCAGCAGCAGCAGCAAGGACAGCAGCAGCAGCAGCAGCAGUCACCGCAACAGCAAGGCUCGGCGCAGCAGCAGCAGCUGCAGCAGCAACUUGGGCAGCGCCACGCAGGAAUAAAAGUCGUGCCGAAGGCAGCUAAGGAGGACUCCAAAGAAGAAAAGCCUGCUGCUGCUGCUGUUGCCUCGGUAAUGGAGGAAUUAGAGGAGCAGCAAAAGGCAGCAGCAGCAGCAGCAGAAGAAGCAGCAGCAGUAGCAGCAGAGAAAACGGGAAAGCGAUGGACCAGGACGCAGUGGAUUUUGGGCUCUUGGGCGAUUCUGCACCAUAUUUUUGUCAACACAGUGUCAAA